CCACCAAACCGCCGCAAUGCCUCGUGCGACAUUCUCCUCCGGCCGGCCGCCCUCGUCGUCGUCGGCGGAGUCGGGCUCGAACCCCUCCAUCUCCUCGACGGUGGAUACGUCUAUAGCGUCCCUCAUCGAGCGCGCCACCUCCACCACCGCUCCUUCCGUCGACCCCGUCCUCCUCCGCGCCAUCAAGUCCUCGGCUCGCGCCUCCGAUGGCGCCAUCCGCGACGCCUUCCGCCUCCUCCUCUCCCUCAUGUCCAAGCCCCACUCCCAUGUGCGGCUCCUCGCCUUCAGCAUCGUCGACGAGCUCUUCAUGCGCUCCAAGCUCUUCCGCUCCCUCCUCGCCGACGCGCUCGACGGAUUCGUCCCGCUAGCCGUUGGCUUCCGCAGCGACGACCAGCUCCCGCCGCCGGCUGCCUCCGCCAACACGCUCCGCAAGUCCGCCAUCCAGGCGCUCGAGCGCUGGCACCACCUCUUCGGCCUGCACUACCGCCAGCUCCGUCUCGCCGUCGAGUACCUCAAGGAGUCCGCCCGUAUCCAGUUCCCCGGCAUCCGCGCAGCCGUCGAGGCUCGUGCGGCGCGGGAGGCACGCACGCAGGAGAUCUUGACUGCCAAGGUUCAGCAGCUGCGCCAGGACAUUUCGUCCAUAAAGGCUGAAAUCCGAUCCACCAUCCAAGAGAUCCGCAGCGGGCUGGCGAUCAUCCGUGCCGAGUACGAGAAAUUCGAGGGUUACGCGGACGACGACGAGGAGGAGCAGGAGGUUGCUUCGUUGGCGAUGCGGAGUAUCAGGGCAGCGUCGUUGAUGGCCGGGGAAUGGGUGCCUGAAACCAAGGAAAACGAGGCUGUUUUUGAUGCGUUGAGGGAGGCGUACCGGCUCCUUAUGUCAAAGCACUUUGGCACCAUUCAGGAUUGGAUAUCUGUGCUUAUUAGAGUCAAUCUUGCAGAUAACCGGUUCAGAGAUUCCGCGCUCAAGGAACUCAUUGAUGUUAAGAAUGAAAUACGCGCGGUGAGAGGCCAGUGCAAUGAGCUUGGUCUUGAUCUUGAUAAUGUUCGUAGGAAGAAGGAUAUUCAGGAGGAAGAGGAUGAAGAUUGGGAGGAGGGUAAGAUUGAAGUUCCUAGUCCUGCUAGAGCUGAGAGCAGUGCGGAUGUUGCAGGUUCCAGCAAGGACGCUAGAAAGGGAAAGGGGGUGGUGGGCGCAGUGAACUCUGGUGACAAUGACAUGCCAAAUGCUGGCAAUACAUCUCAGGAGAUGGAUCCAGAGAGAGCAAGGCUCCUUGCUGAAGCACCUUUGGUAUCAUGGAGCUCAGUCUUGGACCGGUGGGGUUCCAAUGGGGAUGCACAUGUAAACCAGAGGGGGCUUGAGCUCGACAGCCAUUGGGGAAGGAUGGAUAAUGAUGCUGUUAUACCUGCAGCAAAGAUUGCAGAGUUAAAUGUUCACCAUUCUGUUUAUAAGGAAGAGCCGGUUGAGAUCCUACCAUGCCGUGCACCUCUGAAGAAAGGAGGUCUUUGCCACAGAAGGGAUCUCAAGAUAUGCCCUUUUCAUGGACCCAUCAUCCCACGUGAUUCAGAAGGAAAGCCAAUUGGUCUAAAUGAUGGCAGUUCUGGUGCAGGAGGUGAUCCCGUUGAGCAGAGUGGUGACAUCUGUGAUGCAGGAGGAAGAAUUCCGAUUGAGACAAAUGGAAGCAGUGAUGGUGAAUAUACGCCGGAGCCUUCUCCUUCAAUGACUACAAACAGUAACAAUGACACUGGCGUCAUGGAUGGAGCUCAUAAUCUUGGUAAAAAUACAAUGGAUCAGCUGGCGAGGCAAGCAAUUAAGAAUGUUCGGAAAAGGGACAUGGAUGAGAAAGCGCGUGAAAAAGCCCGACGUGUGAGAAUCCGUCAGCAUAAUGAAGAUGUUCUGCGACAAGCGGCUAUUGCUUCAACUCCCCACUCAGCGGCAGCAUAUGACCAACCUUCUGAAACACUGGGCCGACGGGGUCGACGUCGAGGUAAAACAAAGGAACCCACACUAGCAUCGAUGCUGAAGAAAAAAGUUACCACAAAAGAUAGGAUUGCAGAGAGGCUCCUAAAUGCUCGAGCUAGGGAUGCAGCCACAAGAGAAGCUUCUCAUAAUGAGGAUAUGACCUACAGGGAAGCAUUCCCGAAUCAGUGGCAAUGAAAGCAGCUGAGUAGUUGUUAUAGCAACUAUUUGAAUCUUCACCCUGAAGAUGACUCACGUUUUUUUCACGUAUGGUUGUCAGCUUAUUUUUGUGUGUAGAUGCUACUUAGAUUUUUUGAAUUUUUUGUGUUGAAUUUAGUUCUUAUACGGCAGGGAAUAAAAGUUCUCGCAUUUCUUCACUGUACAAUUUCCCCUCUCCGGUGUCGCCUCUCUUUAUGUGUAGGUGGGCAUUCCAUACUGUUGUAUGUAGUAUAACAGUAGGCUGGUUGGUUCGAAACAGCUAUAAUAAAAGUUUUCGUUUUGCUUGUA